CGCUAUGGCCGUGUAUGAUGGGGCUCCCGUCCGGCUCCUGCUGCUGCUUCUUGGGGUCGCGGCUUGGCCCCUCCGAGCCGCCCGGCUGUACAGCCCGCAGGACCCGCUCACCGUGCUGGAUGAGAGCUCGGUGUCCGCGGCCCUGAACGGUUCCCCCGCCGCUUGGCUCCUGGAGUUCUACUCCUCCUGGUGCGGACACUGUAUCAACUACGCCCCCACCUGGAGGGCCCUGGCCGCGGACAUCAAGGACUGGGAACCCGUGAUCAGGAUCGGGGUGCUGGACUGCGCUGACGAAGUCAACUUUGAAGUCUGCAAAAAGUAUAACGUUCAGUUUUAUCCAACGUUUAGGUUUUUUAAAGCUUUCACGAAGGAGUUCACACAGGGAGAAAAAGCUUUAGGUGGUUCUGAUCGUGAAGUCGACGCCAUUCAUCAGAUGAUUAUAGAUUUCCUGCAGUCAUCCCCCCCUGAGAAUAAACCCGCUGCCUGCCCCUCUCUGGACCCCAUUAAUUCAAACCAGAUUUUGGCUCUUUUUACCCAAAAAGAACAGCACUACACAGCUAUCAUCCUUGAAACUGCAGCUUCGUACGUUGGACGCAAGGUUAUGUUGGACCUUGUUCAGUACGACAACCUGGCGGUGACGAGGCUGCUGGAUUCCGACAAGGCCGUCCUGGGGGAUCCCGGUGUCGUUUCGGUGCCUUCUUGCUAUCUCAUCCACCCCAACGGCUCGCGUGGAUUCAUUAACAUUCCAGACCCGAGUCGCUCUCAGAUUUCCGACUACUUGAAAUCUCUGCCCGGCGUGAGAAAGAAACUGUCGCUGCCAACGGUAUCGCCCACCAAGGCGGCCAAGGAGCAGGAGGCAGGGAGAGACCCCUGGAAGGAUUUCGAUAAAUCCAAAACGUACAUGGCGGACUUGGAGUCGGGGUUACAUUAUCUGCUCCGGGUGGAGUUGGCUACGCACCAGACCUUGGAAGGAGAAAAACUAAAAACCUUCAAGGAUCUUAUUACCGUUCUUUACAAGCUGUUUCCAGGCCGCCCGCACGUCGUGAAGUUGCUGGAGACCCUCCGGGACUGGUUGGUCACCAUGCCUCUGGAUAAGAUCCCUUAUGACGCCAUCUUGGAUCUGGUUAACAACAGAAUGCGGAUGUCGGGGAUCUAUCUGACCAAUCGGAUUCAGUGGGUGGGAUGCCGGGGCAGUAGACCGGAGCUGAGAGGCUACCCGUGUUCUCUGUGGAAAUUGUUCCACACGCUGACCGUCCAAGCUUCAACUCAACCCAACGCGUUGGCCAACACAGCGUUUGCAGGCGAUUCCCUGGCCGUGCUGCAGACCAUGAGGAGAUACAUCAAGGAGUUCUUCGGGUGCCGCGAGUGCGCUCAGCACUUCGAGGCCAUGGCGCGGGAACUGGGAGACGGAAUAAAGUCGCCGGACGAGGCUGUUCUGUGGCUGUGGAGGAAACACAACGCGGUGAACAAGAGACUCGCUGGCGCGCCAAGCGAAGACGCCCAGAGUCCUAAAGUCCAGUGGCCGACCCCCGACCUUUGCCCAGAUUGCCGCGAAGAGGCGAAAGGUGAUGACGGCUGGCAGGAGCCCAAGGUUCUCGCUUUCCUCAAACUGCACUACGGGGGUCCAAACAUUCUGCUGAAUUAUUCCGAUCCGAACACCGAGCAGACAGAACGUCAGGACGGCGAUGCAAACGCGGACCCCCCCACCGCGAGACCCGGCGAGGGUGUGAAGCCGCGGGACCAGAACCCCCAAAACGGGCUCAUACUUAAACCGGAUCACUUGGAUAAACUGAUUCAGCCUGAAGGGGGCAAAAACGGAGGCUCUGCUCCCAGAGGGGGCAACCAGUCCCACAGCUUCUUAGGACUUGGGUUCUCGAACAUAGAUAUGAGCCUCUGCGUCGUCUUAUACAUCACGUCGAUGCUCUUUUUGAUGCUCAUGUACUUGUUUUUUAGAGUUCGCUCUAGAAGGUGGAGGUUUAGGUACAGCCGGCCGCACGUAUAGCAUUUUUUUUUUAUUAUUAUGUAUAUAAAUAUCCCAAAAACGAA